AUGCCAUUGCAGUGGGCGCGACCUUCUUUCCCACUCUGGGAGGAUGAUCCAACUCCAUCCGACGUCGAACCUUUACGACCUGCACAUGGCACAGCGCCAGAUUCCAACGAGACCCUCAAAUUGAUAGAAACCAGAGCAAAUGCGAUGCACGUAGACGUGGAUCAGCACAAGGAGGAAGUAGCGGUGGAGUUAUCAGUAGAGGGGGGAGAGGUGGAUGUGAGGAUGCGGCGCCCACCUGCUGCGAAACGCGGCAUAAAAAGCAAGGAGGAAAAUGUAGUUCAUUCGCUUAUACGGGCGUUUCUUACCGACAAGAAACUAAUUAAACAAGAUGGUCAAGGAGAUCACCGUAACGAGGAUGAGAACGACCCCCUUCCGUCUUUCCCUACCUCCCCCGAUGAUUCUGCUGUCAAAUCAUUCAUGGCAAUGCAAACUAACACGGGACCGCAUCGACACAACCCAUUGAUCUUGUGGACCAGUCCUAUGUCGCACCCAUGGAACCAACAAGUGCUCAAUCAUCUUCUCGACGACUUCCCACAUUAUGCCAAGGGAAAAAAGCUUCUCGAAUUAACCCAGUUGCUGAAACAAAGUAUCGGGGCAGAUACCAACAUAUUGGAAAUCCUAGAUGCCACUGUGUCCCCUAACAGUGUGAGGCAGAUUCUGGAAAAGAAGCUGGAUGCUAGACGACAGGGAAUGCAGGCUGCUAUAAGACGGGCCCACAGGAUGCAGAGGCCUACGCCAACGUCUGUUGCACUUACAGAUAUCGAAUUGCGUGCUCAAGUCAAAAAGCUCAAGAUCGAAAAUGAUAGGCGCAACCGACGCAGAGAGCGAAGAAACAUCAGGUAUAUUCGUCGCUUUGAAAUCAUAGAGGAACAAUUAAUGCUGGCGGCGGACGACGAAGCUCGUGAUUUAUGGCGGUCAAUUCAGAAGUUCUAUGCCCAUUUCAUGAAUGAGGACAUAAGCUCGGAUGAAUCUGAAGGAGAAUGUCGCCCACCGCUGGUUAAAGGUAUAAGGCGUAUCAGGCGGCAUUGGAUCUCCCCUGCCGUAUCUGCAGUUUUCCAUUUCAUCGACAAACACUAUACAUCGGAAUAUACUACUGGGAUGAAGAAGAGGGGGGCAGCGCCUUUGCCUCGUGAUUUGGUGUCAACCACAGUUGAUUUUCUUUCGAAGCCAAGGCCUGAACUUCCCAUCAAUUUUUAUUCAUCCGAACUAACGGCUGUGGUCCUUCGUGGGUUGCGCCCCAAACCUGUGUUUCAAAUCCCUCGGAUCCCUACUGGUGUCCAAUGA